GUCCGACUCGGGCGCGCGCACAGAGCCGCAGCACAGUGUGAAGUUUGUCAGCUCGCGCUGCGGAGGGACUGAAACAUUACUGCUGUUUAUGAUUGGGAUUUUUUUAUUUAUUUUUUCCUCUCUUUUUUUUUUAGGAUAACCGACAUCAUUCCUAAAGGAAUAACGAAAGCAGAUAAGGGUUCCAGCUUACAGUAAUUUAAAAGGAAAAGAGGAAACACAUCCAUCCCUCCAAGUGUCCCAGUGCCAGUCACAGCAAGCCUGACGCCGGAGGACAAAAGUCUCAAAUCGGAAAAGCCGAGACAGCUAUCAAAAAGCAAACAUCCAAGUGCAUUGUGUUUCUUCCUCUUGAUGACCUUCUCAAAAGUAAACUCUAUGAAGGUUGGAGGACUGUGAAAGAGAGGACUGUUGGAGGGGAGAAGAAAGAAAAGGCAUAUUUUGAGUUAAAGGCAUAGUGAGACUUCUAUUUCUGCUUCUCUGUGGUAAGGGGAACGUCUCAUUUGGGAUUGCAGUUGGAAAGAGGAAGAAAGGAUUUGUUCUUGCCCUUCCCAUCAAGUGGCUAUAUAAAUACUGCAUAUAGAUCAAUUUGUUCUUGUUCCAAAAGGGUCAAAUCUAGAGGCUAACUAUCGCAAAAGCUGCUGAAACCUGUAUAUCACAUGGAUGUCAUUGAUAUUUACCCUUAGAAGAACUGGAGCACACUUGGAACCUGGACAGAUAUUUUUGCAGGUUCUAAACCUGUGACUUUUUAAAAAAAAGUGUCCAUCUUAUAGGGACACUGGCACUGGAGGCUUCUAUUUGGAUGCUCUUUUUCCCAGUCGGGAAGUAAAUGAUGAAGCCCUUAACACCAGUUGGCUCACCCUCGCCUCUGCGCCUUCUUAACAAGGGCCCAGAUUACUUGCGCAGACAGAUAGACAGUGGAAGUCGGGGCCACUCUGUUAGUGCGGUGGAGCGGUUAGAGGCAGACAAGGCCAAAUAUGUCAAAAGCCAGCAGGUUAUCAACACCAAGCAAGAACCUGUGUUAGUUCCUUGUGCGACCCCUCCACCCCCAUCACGCCGCAACUUCAUUGCACCAUUGCCCUCGACGCCUGUUCUGCCUCGACACCCACCACUCCAUGCCCUCUCCAGUCCAUGCCCUCUCUCACCCCGUAAUAACAAUGAAGAUGAUUCCAGGAAGGAGAACCUCAGAGCUCUGUAUCUUGAUGUAGAAAAGCAAAACCAGAACAACUCCAGCAGGGCACCUCUGUCAACUCCAAGAAGUCCGAAUGGCACCCCACUGGUGGCACCGCACAGUGCCCCCAUGAUGAGACGGAGCAUUGGGAAGCGCAUGCUGCGGCCCGACUCCCUGGUCAUCUAUAGGCAGAAGAAAGAGUGUAAGAGUCCGAUGGGAAAUUGCGACGGAAACACCAGCACCGAGGCGAAGGGUUACAGUUUUGUACGCCGGCUCUUCCAAGGUUCUAUGCGAGAGAAAAAUAACAAGAAUGAUGACAAGAUGACAAUCAGUGAGGAGAAAUCUUCAUCACGGGACGGAGACUCACGCAUGUCGUGGUCUAUUGACCGGGACACAUUAGAUUGUGGGAAUGGGACUAGACGAUCCAGCAGGACUGAGUCAAACAAUGGAAAUAGCAGCUUCCAGGAGCCUUGUAUUUCAUUUGGAAUGUCAAAUUCCCUGAGAAAUAGCAUGGAAAAUAGGAAUGACAAUGACAUGGACCCUUGGAAGCCAGUGAUGCCACUCCAGCGCUCUAAAUCGGACCUUCGACUUUGUUCAUCACUGGCAUUGUCUGAACAGGAGCGAUUCUUUGACUUCUGUGGGCUUGACUGGGACUUAGUGGAUCGGCUUGGGCCCGAGAACUUCCCAUCAGGUGCCAGCUCAGUAGACACUCUCUCACUGGUUCUGAGGAGUGUCAAGGGACUGGAAGGUGGCUCUGAGCCCAGUGAGUUUUCUCGUCACUCAGGAGAGGGCCUCUUCCAGGAAGAAGUGGCUGAGCAGGUACCCUCGGCUGUGUCCAUCAUUGAGAGGAAUGCCCGUGUGAUAAAGUGGCUUUAUAGCUGUAAGAAUGCAGUGAGGGAAGGACCCAAGGGUCCAAAAGAGUCCACUGUUUAGCCACAAUACAAGACAAACCUCAAAACUCUUGGACUAAGUGCUGCAUUGGCUGUUACACAUUUGAAGAGCUACUAUAUUUAUUUCAUUUGGAAUAUUUGUGUAUGAGAGAACUGGACAGGAUGAUAAAUGGCACAUCUUUUUCUUACAUUUGUUGGGGAAGGGAGCUGGAACAAUAAGACUGUUUUUCAUUUUCCUCUCUGCAUUUUGAAGAUCUUAGUUUCCCCAUCCUUGCACCUCUCUGUAAAUAAGUAAUGCUAGGAUGUUCUGUUCAUUUUGCUGUUGGAGAACAACAGCUCUGUGUGCUCAAGUACAUCUCAAUAGAUGGAUAAUUAAAAAUGGAAAACCACUAAGCUCUCCCUGUACUGGGGAUCUAAUGUGUGAGUGUGAAGUGAACCGUGCAUACCUCUAGUUUGUGUUGUUUAUUUUCCCCCAUUAAAUGCAGGCGUUUGUAACAAACAGACAACAGACCUGCUUUAAUGCACUAAUGCACUGAAGUAAGGGGUGUUGGUGUAGGUGGGGGUGACACUUAUUUUAGCUUGUGCAAACAACCUUGGUCUUGGACAACACCUUAUGCCAAAGAAAUAUCCCCUCAAAGUCUCAGUUACCAGUAUGAUUUGGCACAUAUUUAUAAAUCCAUUUUAAUUCUGAUUUUUUAGAAAUUGCCGUGACAAUCACGUGUUGUAUUACUAAACGCAAACAAAGCUGUUAUUUCCAAACACAAGCAGCAUUCAGACACUAGCUAAAUUAGCUAAAUGACAAAUUAGCAUUGACCUUACGACCCCACUCCCAAAACCUAACCAGAUUUCUCAUGUCCAACGAGGCAGAUUCAUUACCAUAAAGCUGUUCGUCCCUUCGGCCACAGGGCCGGGGUCAAUUUAUUCAGAAACGUCGGUGCAUCAAUCUGAGGUCUGCUGUGGAAUUUCAGGGUCAUAGGGUGAAUUUAGAGAGAAGUAGCUAGCUAGAUAUUUCACCUGCAGCAUAACACCUACAUAAAUCCAAUCUCUCUUUCUCUCUCUUGCAUGUUUACAGACCAAGUUGUUGUUGUUGUUUUUUCUGUCCAGAAGAAAUGUAGACUAUAUUUACAAAGUUUUAUAAUUCAUGCAGGCAAUGAAAAAUAAAAUUGUAUUUUUAAUGAA